AUGGACGUGGACGGGGACGUGGACGUGGACGUGGACGUGGACGUGGACAUGGACGUGGAUGUGGACGUGGAGGACUUGGACGUGGACAUGGACGUGGACGUGGACGUGGACGUGGACGUGGACAUGGACGUGGACGUGGACGUGGACCUGGACGUGGACAUGGACGUGGAGAUGGACGUGGACGUGGACAUGGACAUGGACAUGGACGUGGACGUGGACGUGGAGGACUUGGACGUGGACGUGGACGUGGACGUGGACGUGGACGUGGACGUGGACGUGGACGUGGACGUGGACGUGGACAUGGACGUGGACGUGGACGUGGACAUGGACGUGGUCGUGGACGUGGACGUGGUCGUGGACGUGGACGUGGACGUGGACGUGGACGUGGACGUGGACGUGGACGUGGACGUGCAUAGGGACGUGGACAUGGACGUGGACAUGGACGCGGACGUGGACGUGGACAAUGGACACGUGGACGUGGACAUGGACGUGGACGUGGACAUGGACAUGGACAUGGACGUGGACGAGGACGUGGACGUGGACAUGGACGUGGACGUGGACGUGGACGUGGACGUGGACAUGGACGUGGACGUGGACGUGGAGGACUUGGACGAGGACGUGGACGCUGACGUGGACGUGGACGUGGACAUGGACGUGGAUGUGGACGUGGACGUGGACGUGGAUGUUGACUUGGAUGUGGUCGUGGACGUGGACGUGGACGUGGACUUGGACGUGGACGUGGACUUGGACGUGGACGUGGACGUGGUCGUGGUCGUAGACGUGGACGUUGAGGUGGUGGACGUGGACGUGGACGUUGACGUGGACGUGGUCGUGGACGUGGACAUUGACGUGGUGGACGUGGACGUGGACGUGGACUUGGACGUGGACUUGGACGUGGACGUGGACGUGGACAUGGACGUAGACGUGGACGUUGACGUGGUGGACGUGGACGUGGUCGUGGACGUUGACGUGGUCGUGGACGUGGACGUAGACGUGGUGGACGUGGACGUGGUCGUGGACGUGGACGUGGACGUGGUGGUGGACGUGGACGUGGACGUGGACGUGGACGCGGUCGUGGACGUGGACGUGGUCGUGGACGUGGACGUGGACGCGGUCGUGGACGUGGACGCAGUCGUGGACGCGGUCGUGGACGUGGAUGUGGACGUAGACAUGGACGUUGAUGUGGACGUGGACGCGGACGUAGACGUGGACGUGGACCUGGACGUGGUGGACGUGAACGUGGACGUGGACCUGGACUUGGACGUGGACAUGGACGUUUAG